CCAAACACGUCCCAUGGUCGCGAUAGCGGAGAGCCUCUCUUCCAUUCUCAACGAUUGGUCACUCUAUCAUCUUCUCUAAGGUACUUUCCAACUCUCCUUAUUCACUAUUCCUUUCAAAUUAUAGUGUUUGGCUUCUGGGAAAAUCGGAGGAAAAUAACCUGAAAGACGAUGAAAUUCUGAGUCCUGGAUCUCAAUUCAACCGAACUAACUCAAGUGCAGUUGAGGGGAGGCUUCGGGUUUCUUGGGUCUCAAAUGAUAAUUAAUAGAAGAUUCACAUUAAUUCCCUUUGGUUUCUUACAUUUCCUGGGAAACCUGGAGGAUUGUUUAUCGGUUGGUUACUGGGAGGAGCAAGGAAAAGAGGAAAAUAUAUAUUAUAUAUUUAAAGCUCUCUGAUUGCAGCAUUGAGCAAUAUCAAAUCAAAAUUCACAAGUCAGAGAGUUGAACUCCUGGUGCUCUCUUUCUGUCAGAGGGCUUUGUCAACUAGGAAAUGGCUACUAUCAGAUGCACCACUAACAUGAUUGUCAAAGAAAUAUUUCAUGUAUCAUUGUCCUUACGAUCAGAACGGAUGUUCCAGAUGGUAUUACCUAACUUCAGUGUUUACUGUGGUACCGUAAACCGUGGAAUCAGCUAUAGUCGGAUUAGGUGUGCGGCAGCAGAUUCUGGAGAUGGUGGAAGGAAGGUGUCAGCACGCCUCUCACAAGUUCAGCAGCUUUUGCAAGAAGCUGAGGAGAGAUCUCUCUCUUUUGGCAAUGAGCCUACUCCCAAAAUCACACUAGACCAUGUUACUGUGAGUUUUGCAAGAAGUGGUGGGCCUGGAGGUCAGAAUGUCAACAAAGUGAACACAAAGGUGGACAUGCGCUUCAAUGUUAAAAAUGCUUAUUGGCUAAGCGACAGGGUCAGGGAGAGGAUUAUGCAAAUGGAAAAGAAUCGGAUUAACAAAGAUGGGGAGAUUGUGAUUUCUUCAACAAAAACUAGAACACAGAAGGGUAACAUUGAAGAUGCACUGGGAAAACUACAGGCAAUUAUUGAUGCUGCUUCAUAUGUCCCACCGCCCCCAUCAGAAGAGCAGAAGAAAAAAAUUGCCAAGUUGGCUGCUAUUGGGGAGCAGAAACGGUUGCAGAACAAGAAGGUACUUUCACAGAAGAAGGCAUUUAGAAGAAGCCGAGACAGUUGGGACUAAACAACAAAUCAUGAAGUUUUAAUGUUUGAGAUGUUCAAAUAUGAAAGAACCCAUCUUCCACUAGCAUCAUCAUUCCCUUGUUGCCAUCUUCAUGUGGUAAAAGGGGAAUAACUUAUGCCAAACUUUUCCUAUUCCAUAUUAUGAACAGAGUGGACGGCUGAUGGGACCUAUGCUGCAACCCUGGGAACCCAUCUUGGAGAUGGGGGGUAUAACUUUUAUCUGUCACAAAAUUGGAUAGAAUGCUUAAUCCUCAUUUAUGUAGGACGAUCGCAGGCUUGUUAGCUGCAGUGAUCCUCACAGAAUACAGACAGUUCAAUUCUUACAUUACAUCAAAAUUUACCUUUUAUUUA